CGCGUCUCUUUCCAGCCAAGAUCAGCCAGGUUCAUCGCCUUGGCUUGCAAAGAGCGAUCUGCCAUGUCGUCAAGCGCAUCAACAUCGACAGCAACACCUGGGCCCGCUGACAACUCCACCUGGACCUGGACACAGGUUCGGCCUGCGAAGCGAAAACUCGACCCUGACUCCGAUACCGACACCAACAGCCCGGUGACUGCCUCGGGCUGCCAUGAGAAGCCGGCUCGCCCAACCAAGCGCAUCAACUGGGCCAAGGCGGAUGCAGACCCGGUGCGAACAGAUGGCGAGCAGCCGCCGAAAGCAAUCGACGAUGUGGAAAAGGUCGACUCUGAUCUUGAGCCCAUGAAGGAGUAUGGCAAAAUCAGCCAGGAGGACCUUAACUACCAUGCCGAGAGGGCAAAAGUCUCUGGCAAGAGAUUCCAGCUCGUCUGUCGGCUGACGCCCACUUGCUGCCAGCUAGGCCCCUUUGCCUCCAUGAGCGAAUACGACUUUCACCAUGACAUUGCCCACAACCACCGAUGCUCGAUAUGCAGGCGCUAUCUGCACACCGAGCAGCUCUUGCACCUGCAUCUUCUCGAAGUUCAUGACUCGUUCUUUGCCGUCCUUGCAGAUCGUGCGCCAUCGUACGAGUGCUACGUCGAGGGCUGCCCCGUCAAGAGCCUGUCACCACAGAGUCGUCAGCACCAUCUGAUCGAGCAGCAUCGAUUCCCUGCCGACUUUCAUUUUGACGUUGUGCUGGGAUCAGCAAAAGCCCUCAGCGAGAAACCGCGAGGCCCUGGGCGGCGAGCCAGCGGUCACCAUAGCAAGCAUGGGCACUCCGACGUCAUAUUCCAUCCCGGGACGAAGCGGCGAGAAAAGGGCAAGUCUGAGCCGAAUGUAUCGAUGGAGUGCAAUAACGAUCGCGAGCCAAAGCCCGAUGGCGAUGUCUUGAUGGGAACCGAGACAGAAGCCGCUGUUGUCAUUGCCGAUCUACAAACCAAGAUGCUGGCAGCGAUGGACCAAGCGGUCAAAGUUGAUAUGGCAGCUGGUGACAGAAAGCCGACCGUAAGCAAAAAUCGCCGAAACAGAAGGAAGGCGGCUGCUUCGUUGAGCGGCGCUCCAUCCACAUCGUCGAUGGAUGGCCAAUCUACUCUGAUAACAGAGCCUCAGCCGAGCGUCGAGUCGAUGGAAGAACGAAUCUCGCCGCACUCGCCAGCCCCGGUCGAAAUCGAUGAUCCGAUGGAUGUUUUGGUUGAUAAUAUGGCAAAGUUACGGGUCCUGGGAGGUGGGGAGCACACGAGCAUGUGGUCCUAUGCCAAGACUAAAAAGGCACACAGCCGCAAUGCGAAAUAGAUGCUGGGCGAUGGCGAGCAAUUCUCGUUUCCCGCAGCUCCUGGGGGCGACCCAUGAAUCCAUGAGUCCGUAACAGCGUCGAGGACACCGUGCCCAACAGUGAUCGUGGGCGGGCUGCUUUGAUCCAAGUGGCAGAAUCUUGGCCCGGCCCAGAUGGCUCGGAU